AUGGCGGGGCUCUGGGGCCGCGUGGGGGCGCUGAGCGGGGCCGGGGCGCUGGGGGCCGCCGCCUACGGGGCACACGGUGCGUGGCCAGGGGGAGGCCUAGCGCUGCUGGCUGUGCCCCUCUGCCGCCGCCCCUUGCUGGCUGGGGCCUUCCUCACUUCUGGGAUGGGACUGUUCUGUGGACCGUUGUAUUACCAUGCAUGGAGCGGAGACCCGGCCUUCAACAAAGCGGCCCCCUAUGGGGGCUCCCUCCUCAUCCUCGGCUGGUUGGCAAUGGCGCUCUAAGCCCUCCUACCCCCAGGGACCCACACAGUUUACUUUCUCACUCCCCUCACCAGGGCUGAGGGUCCCCCUUUAGGGAAGAGGUCCCACCUCUUCCCCUCUCCUCCAGCAUUAGGGUUUUCCUUGGCUUGUUGACUCUGUCCACCCAGAAUUAUCAUCACUUAAGCCCUGGCUCCUACAAUGCCCCAUGUGGUCCUGGCUUCCCCAGCACUCAUCACCCGUUGUCUGGAUGAUGGAGGAAUGGGGGGGCAUUGACAGUGCCCAUCACUGACCAAUAGAAGAGUUGGGUGCUACCUGUGCACUUCACUAGUUGGUGGGCAAAAAGCCAGUCUGGGUCUGGGCCAGUGGCAAAGCAGGACUCUGUCCAUUGUCUGAGCUACAGGCCAAUGGGAAGGCAAAAUAGACUUAUGGGAUAAAGAUGAUGGGGAUGGGGUUAUCUGCACUUUUUUCCCAUUGGUCAGACACAGAUCCAAUGGCUAGGCUGGAUUUUAAUGGAUUUCCCCUUCCAUUGCUAGCCAAUUGCUAGCUAAUGAAUAGCUUUUCUUUUCCAUGACUCUUUCUCAUUGGCUGAGCUGGGGGUCAAUCAGAAGGCUUCUCUGUGAGCUGCUAUUAUUAGCUAAGGGAGGUGUCUCCCCCAGUGAUCAACUCAAUGGGAGAAGAGCUCUUCAUUCAUUGGCCGACUCUGAGGAGUGGCCAGGCAGUAGGCUGAGCCUUGUCCUACUAUUGGCUUUGGAGUUAGGCUAAUUAACCCCUGGGGGGCUGCUGAUUGCCUGGGGGAAGGGGUAUUGUAACUUCUUGGAAAAUCCAUUGUUUUGAUGAUUUUUCUAUCUUAUUUUAAUUAACCAAUCAAUAAAUACUUAACUUCUC